CCAGAACCAGCUGCAGAGCCAGCCCCAGUCGCAGAGCCAGACCAAACUCCUGCGGUCGAGACUGCUGCUACUGAGCCUGAAGCUGAGAUCGCUGUCGAGGUACCAUCUGAACCACAAGAGGCCGAGGCCGAAGAGGCAAAGCCCGCUGGGGACGCUACCGCUGGUGAUGAGGCAGACGUAACACUAGCAGCCCCUGAAGAGGCCGCUGCCGCUGAAGAACAACCUGUUAUUGAAGAAAAGACUGUCACUGAAGGUGAGCCUUCAUCAGAGGAUGCGCCUCCUGCGGUUGAAGAGAGCUCUACCACUGACGCGACGUCUGCCAACGAAGAAGCGCCGGCUGUUGAAGACACUCCUGCUGCCACUGUUGAAGAGACACCUGCAGAGGAACCGACACCAGCUGUAGAAGAACCACCAAUUGUCCCAGCGGAUGCUGCUUCCUCUUCCGAGGCACCAGCUCCAGAAGAGGCGCCUGCUGUUGAUGAGACUCCCGUGACUGAGGAGGUUCCUGCUACUGAAGAAACCGCCGCUGCCGUCGAGGCACCUGCAGAAGAGGAAACAGCCCCUCCGACUGUGAUAGAAGAGGCACCUGCCGCUGAAGAGACACCUUCAAGUGAAGAAAAUCCUGCGAGUGAAGCCCUUCCAGAAGACGCUCCCGCCAUUGAAGAGACUUCAGCUGUCGAAGUAGUCCCUGCCACUGAGGAGGCUCUAGCUACUAAAGAGGCUCCUGCUGAAGCAGCCCCCGUCGUCGAAGGGGUUUCUGUCCAAGAUGCCUCGGCCGAAGCGGCUGCUGCUAAUGCUGCUAUUGCGGCUGCUGCUACUGCCGCCGCCGCCGCUGCUGCUACUGCUGCUACUGCUGCUACUGCCGCCGCCGCUGCUGUUACUGCUGCCGCUGCCGCUGUCACUACUGCUGCCGCUGCUAAUGCUGUCAAGGACGCCUCAGCCACUGAUGAAGCUCCAGUUGUCGAAGAGGUUACUGUUACGGAUGAAGUAGCUGCUAUUGAAGGGGCGCCCGUUGUCGAAGGAGCUACUGUUGCCGAAGUACCUGCUACCGAGGAGACUCCCGUCACUGAAGAGUAUCCCGUUGAAGUAGUCUCAGCUGCCGAAGAAACUCCU